CCGCCCCUGAGCGCCCCGAGCGGCCCCGAGCGGGCCGGGCCCGCCGGCCGCGAUCCAUCCUCCAGGACCUUGCUGUGGGAGAGGAGAGGGAAAAAUGGGAAUUUGGGAGGAAUUCCCUGCUCAGAGUGAGGCCAGCCCAGCCCUGCAUCAUUCCAGGAGGAAUUCUGCUGCAGGAGGGCGGUGCCGGUGACAGGUGACAGCGAUGGGCUAUGAUGUGGCUCGAUUCCAGGGGGACGUGGACGAGGAUCUGAUCUGCCCCAUCUGCAGCGGGGUGCUGGAGGAGCCCGUGCAGGCGCCGCACUGCGAGCACGCCUUCUGCAAUGCGUGCAUCACGCAGUGGUUCUCGCAGCAGCAGACGUGCCCCGUGGACCGCAGCGUGGUGACGGUGGCCCACCUGCGCCCGGUGCCGCGCAUCAUGCGCAACAUGCUGUCCAAGCUGCAGAUCACCUGCGACAACGCCGUCUUCGGCUGCACGGCCGUGGUGCGCCUCGACAACCUCAUGGCUCACCUCAACGACUGCGAGCACAACCCCAAGCGGCCCGUCACCUGCGAGCAGGGAUGCGGCUUGGAGAUGCCCAAGGAUGAGCUGCCCAACCACAACUGCAUCAAGCACCUGCGCUCGGUGGUGCAGCAGCAGCAGACCCGGAUCGCCGAGCUGGAGAAAACCUCGGCCGAGCACAAGCACCAGCUGGCCGAGCAGAAAAGGGACAUCCAGCUGCUCAAGGCGUACAUGCGGGCGAUCCGCAGCGUCAACCCCAACCUGCAGAACCUGGAGGAGACCAUCGAGUACAACGAGAUCCUGGAGUGGGUGAACUCCCUGCAGCCCGCCCGGGUGACGCGCUGGGGCGGGAUGAUCUCCACUCCCGACGCCGUGCUCCAGGCCGUCAUCAAACGCUCGCUGGUGGAGAGCGGCUGCCCGGCCUCCAUCACCAACGAGCUCAUCGAGAACGCCCACGAGCGCAACUGGCCGCAGGGGCUGGCCACGCUGGAGACGCGCCAGAUGAACCGGCGCUACUACGAGAACUACGUGGCCAAACGCAUCCCCGGCAAGCAGGCCGUGGUGGUGAUGGCCUGCGAGAACCAGCACAUGGGGGAGGACAUGGUGCUGGAGCCGGGGCUCGUUAUGAUCUUUGCUCACGGAGUGGAGGAGAUCUGACGGGGGUUUGUGGAGCUCUGGACUUGGAUUUGUGGGUUCUUCGCGGGGUUGGACUGGUUUAAAAUGUGUUUUGAGGAGAGGGAGAGUGGGGGGUUGUAGAACCUUCCCCAAAUCCUGGUUGUGGCCCCCCAGGUUCUCUCCCAUCUCCUCACCCCCCUCUGGAAUUUCCAGUGUCCCCAAACUGGGCGCUGCUGGUGUCACCAACCCUGCAGUCAGGGGUCCUUGGCCUUGGGGACCCUCCUGUCCCCCUCGCUUCGUGCAUGUCCCGUUCCUGUCCCCGGGAUCCCCCCGGGCCUCUCCCCCCUCCUCCCAUCCGUGUUUGCCUCUGCUUUUCCACCCUCGGUGUUAUUUUUCCAGACACUCGUGAUUGUGGUUCUUUUUUUUUUUUUUUUUUUUUUUGUACUUUUUUUGGACCUUUUCUCAUUUUUACUCCCCCUUUUUAUUUGAUUUUUUUUCCAAGUACCGUGGGCAGGCACCUCUGGCCUGGGUCCGUGGGACUCAUUGGGAGUUUAAUUUAUUUACAUUUAUUUUGUUGGACUUCUUUUUUUUUUUUUUUUUUUUUUUUUAAACCAUUGUUUCUCCUCCGGUGUCGGCCCCAGCGGAUCCGGCGGGAGGCAGGGAUUGAAGUGAUCAAUAAACAAAAUUCUGGUUGCUUUA